AUGUCAGCCACUCAGCAACAACCCAGGCAACUGGACAACACCUCCAGUUCGUCUUCUCCAGCUCUUUAUGAUCUCGUUUGUGUUGGGUUCGGCCCAGCUCAGCUAGCAACUGCCAUUGCCAACCGGGAAGCGCGCACCGGUUCUAAGGUGCUGUUCAUUGAGCGCAAGCCUUCGUUCUCAUGGCAUUCUGGGUCUCAUUUGCCCAGGUCACGCAUGGAGGGUCCGUUCCUUUACGACCUCGCAACCCUUCGUAACCCAAGAUCGGCGUUCAGCUACGCCUGCUACCUGCUUGCCCGCAACCGCCUGGUCGAAUUCGCAAACUCCGACCGCUUGAAUCCUCUGCGCGAUGAGUUCGAAGACUACUUGAAGUGGUGCGCUGAACAGUUCGCGGAUCAAGUUCGAUAUGGCAGCGAGGUUGUGGGCGUAGCUUCAGAGACCGAAGACAACAUGGUAAGAAGCUGGAAGCUUGCGGUGAAGGACGGAAACGGCAAGACAUACUUGCUCAGAACGAGGAACAUUGCCGUUCCCACGCCAGGAAAGCACAGCAGUGCGAAACCAGAGGCGCUGACGACCAUCAAUUUCCUUGCUGGUCAGCGAAUUAUGCCCAUGGCCGAUUAUCUGUCGCGAAGGGAAGAGCUGCGUCAACUUUACGAGCCACGACUGAACGUUGCUAUUGUCGGCUCCAGUUCGCAGACGAUCGAGAUCCUAGACGACUUGCUGUCAUGCCCUCGCCUUGGCAACAUCACAGUCGUGACGGAGAAUGACGAGCUUGCUCCGCUGAAGGUGCUCGGUGAACAAGAGCCACCGCAGCCACGACUGUGCUCGAUCUGGUCCAAGCCGACCUGCGACCGGAAACAAGUUACAGACUCGUCCGAACUCAUUCAGACCAUCUAUAUGCGGGCCUACGAGAAACAGGUGGCCAGCAAGGGCGAAUACGCCCUCCGUCUCGCUUUUGGCAAAGAUGCUUCUGAGCCAUGCUCCAAGGCCAAUAUCAUCAUCAGGGAUACUGCAGCAGCUCCUUUCUCAAGCAGUGGACUUCUGCAAAGCCUCAACUCGCUUGUACUCGGCUGCCAUCAGCUAGGCGAGAGCUUCGAAGAGGUUCAGUUCAAGCGAGGCGCCGUUGCUGACGCUCGUAUGUGGUUGAUGUCCGGAAAUUCAGAGGGUGGUCGCUCCUUGGCAAAGGAUAUCUCGCUGCGGGCCGGGGAACUAGUGAGUGCACUGUCGUCACCGGCGUCAGAGACACGGAGUGGGCUCGUGGUGCAGGCGAGGAUUUAG